AUGUCAACCGAAAGGGAAAAAACAGAUUUUCCACAAACACUUAUUGGUAAUAGUGAUAAGUUAAGACGGUUCAAUCCAAAAUGGUACACAGAAAAGCAUGGAAAUUGGUUGGAAUAUAAUGUCAAAGCGGAUAGAGUGUAUUGCUUAUAUUGUUACUUAUUCAAAGAAAGUGGACAAAAAGAUGCAUUUGCGAGUGAGGGGGUACAAUGUUGGCAUAGGAAAGAAGAAAGAUUCGAAAUUCAUGUUGGUAAAAGUAAUAGUUUUCACAACAGGGCGGUUCAAAAAGGAGAAGACUUACUUAAAGAAGCCCAAUCUAUACCAGCGGUUCAAAAAAAACCCGAGCAAAACAAAGAAUAUAGAAUCCGAUUAAGUACUUCGGUUAUACUCGCUAAAGGAUUGUUGAAUGGCGGAUUACCUUUUCGGGGUCAUGAUGAAUCUGAAGCAUCCUUAUAUAGAGGACAUUUCAUAGAGUUUUUAAAAUUGUUCGCACAAAUAAAUGAAGAAAUUGCAAAGUAUAUAUUAAGUAAUGCUCCGAAGAAUUGCCAAAUGACGGCUCCAUCAAUACAAAAAAACAUUUGUAAUUGUUUUGCAGAAGAAGUGUUAAAGAUGAUAUUUGAAGAGCUUGGUGAUGAUGUCUUUUCUUUAUUAGUUGAUGAAUCGAGGGAUAUUUCUAAAAAGGAACAAAUGGCCGUGGUUUUGAGAUUUGUUGAUAAAUUAGGAUUUGUGAAGGAGCGAUAUAUUGGUGUAGUUCAUGUUAUGGAAACAACCGCUUUAUCUCUUAAAUCUGCAAUUGAUGAAUUAUUUGCUCACCGCAAUUUGAGUUUGGGUAGGGUUAGAGGCCAAGGAUAUGACGGUGCAAGCAACAUGUCCAAUUUAAUAAAUGUUGUUGGUGCAUCGUGCAAACGAAUAGAUUUGUUAAGAGAAAGUCAAAGAGAGCUUUUGGCAUUGAAUCCGGAAGUUGUAAUCGGAAGUGGAAAUAAUCAAGAAAUGGCACUUACAAGACCCGGAGAUACACAUUGGAGCUCUUACGAAAAAACACUUCUUCGUUUGCUUACCUUAUAUCCUUGUGUUAUUGAAGUGCUUGAAUAUAUAGAAACUUCGGCAUGGGAACCAAUUCACAAAACUCAAGCAAAUGGACUUCAGUUAUACAUGAAAAGUUUCAAGUUUGUAUUUUAUUUACAUUUGAUGAAACAUAUCUUGGGAGUUACUAACUUAUUGUGUGUCGCUCUUCAAAGAAAGAAUCAAGAUAUUUUGAAUGCAGUUGAGUUGGUUAGAUCAACCAAAGAAGAAUUACAAAGGUAUCGACUUGAAGGCUUUGACUCACUUUUAAAAGAUGUCACAUCCUUUUGUGACAAGUAUGAUAUUGAGAUGAUUAACAUGGAAGAUGAGUAUGUUGACCCGAAAAACAGAAGAAGAAAGACCAACAUCACCAAUCGUCAUCAUUUUGUGGUCAAUAAUUUCAACACGGUUCUCGACAUGCAAAUUCAAGAGCUUGGAAACCGUUUUAACGAGGUAACCACUAACUUGCUUACGUGUAUAAGUUCUUUGAGCCCGCGUGAAAAUUUUAGUUCCUUUAAUAAACUAAACUUGCUAAAGUUGGCCGAAAUGUAUCCGUAUGAUUUUACUUUUGAUGAAAAAGAUAAGCUUAUCGAUGAACUCGGCCACUACAUUUCUAAUAUGAAAAGAGAUAGUCGGUUUGAUAACCUGAAUGGGGUUAGUGAUCUUGCCAAAAGGAUGGUGGAAACAAGGAAACACAUUGAGUAUCAGUUGGUCUAUCGUUUAAUAAAGUUGUCACUAGUUUUACCGGUUGCAACGGCUAGUGUUGAAAGGAGUUUUUCUUCAAUGAAGCUUGUGAAGACAGAAUUGUGUAAUAGGAUUGGUGAUGGAUACAUGAACGAUUCUUGCAUUUGUUACAUUGAAAAGGAGUUCUUACAACAAGUUUCCGUUGAGAGUGUAAUGCAAGGUUUUCAAAAGAUGAAAACUCGUCAUUAA